CCAAUCAAUCGUGUGUUUAAAAGGAGAUCGCCGAAUGGAAGGAGUUUCCUCUGCGUGACAGACCGCUUCGAUUCGACUGACAGACAGACAAACAGAUAGAUACAAACACACACACACGCACACACACACACACACUUACAUGUGUGUAUGUAUAUAUAUUGUUAUUUACAUAUAUAACGAAAGAGAGAGAGAGAGAGAGAGAGAGAGAGAGAGAGAGCGUGUGUGUUUGUGGGUUACUGUGCGUGUGUGUGAGAGAGAGAAACAGUAAGAGAGGGAAGGUGAGAGAGAAAGAGAGAGAAAAGGAGGAAAAGAGAGGGACUAAAGGAAAAAAAUGAGAUGUAUUUUGAGAUGUAACGGCCUGAAGAGAAGAAGGAGAAGUUGAAGGAGGAGGAGGAAGAGAAGAAAGAGAAGAAAAAAGAAUGAGAGUGAGAGAAGCCUUGGAGUCAGUUUGAAAGAUUGUCUCAGAAAGAAGUAGAAAGUAAGAAAGAAAGAAAAAUAAUUCGUGAAUGAAAACAAGUAAAAGAAAUUUAAACAUAAGAAAAGAAGAAAUAGAAUGAAUGGAACUUAAAUUACCGAAAAAGUAAGGAACGGAGGCGAAAAAAAAAAAGCGAAAAACAAACUAGUCUUACCUUUCCCUGUUCACAUUCUUACGAACACACGUACACGCGUAAGAACUUUCUCUUUGUAAGUCUCUCUCACUUCUGUCACUGUCACGCACACGCGCGCGCACACACGCACUGAAAUACACUCACACAUAUUCACCCACACGCGCGAUCACACGUACACAGAAGCGCGCUCGCGUAAAACGUUGCCUCACUCUACACUUCUAAACACGCUCACACGCACAUCCGCAAACCUGCACGCACACGUAUAUGAUACAUACAGUACACACACACACAUACACACACACACACACACACACACACACACACACACGCAUACACACACACGCGCGCAUAUAUAUAUACACACAUACAUACAUAUACAUAUACAAACAUAUCAACUAAGUAAAAGCAAGUGAAAUGUUUAAAGCGUUUUGGUGCGGUGGAGCCAGUUCCACAUGUACCUUGGAGUUGGUUUUCUUCUUGUACAAGGUUGGGGAGUCUUUAUUAGAUGCUACCAUACGGCCGUACAUUAUCCAAGCCACCUGCCUGAACAUGAAGCCGCUGGGCAACGGUAGUGUGUGUGAAAAUCUGGGAUUUUUCCCAGAAACAGAGGACGCAGUGCAGCAUUUUGCUGCCACUUACAUAAUGUUACAUCGGAUUGUUCUUUACACACCGGCCAUUUUCCUCGGCCUCUUUUUUGGUGCUUGGAGCGACAAACACGGUCGAAAGUUACCCAUUAUUUUUCCCAGUAUGGGUAGUAUCAUCGGAGUGUUGUUUUACAUCGGCAGUUUGAUGGAGAAACGGUGGAAUAUGUACAUGAUAAUUACAGGCGGUUUCCUCCAGGGUGCCCUCGGCAAAAGCUCCGUUAUCACGAUGGCUGUGCACAGCUAUGCAGCGGAUAUUACUGAAAACGAACAUCGAACCAAGAAGAUGGGAAAAAUACUAUCUAUGAAUUUCUUCGGACUUUUCGCCGGUUCACUUUUGUCCGGUUUACUGGCCGACGCGGUCGGCAUUGAAGUCAUGUUCUCUUUAGUAUCCGUUUUCCACGCAGCAGCCAUUUUGACAACAGUUUUCUUUCUGGUGGAGACCGUUACUUAUGUGAAAGCAAAGGACAGCGAAGAUACAACUUUUAAGAUUUCGUCCUUCUUCAAUUUCUCCAACAUCAAAGAUUCCCUUAUGGUGUUAUUCCGAAAACGAGACGACGGAACUCGAGGUAUAAUUUUUACCAUAUUUCUCAUUUCCGUCCUGCAGAUAGCCUGUAAAACCGGCGAGAUGGACACAACCGUUCUAUUUGUCCAGCACAGACCGCUCAGCUGGACCAAAUCCGGUUACGGCUUUCUCUUGUCCAUCGAUUACGCAGUGAUGGGGAUUUGUUUACUAUUCAUUCUACCGCUCUUAUCAAAUGUUAUUAAAAUAUCUGACACCACGAUAAUUAUGGUGGCCAUAUUUUGCAAAGUCGUACGACUAAUUUGGGCGGCUUUUUUGAACAAAAGUUGGAUGAUGUACGUGUCCAUAGGACUGGGGGCCAUGGGUGGCUUGAUGAUAUCUGCCCUCAGGUCUCUCUUGAGCAAAACGGUUAGCGAAUACGAAAUUGGCAAGACAUUCUCGUUACUCGGUUGCGGUGAAACCGCUUCAAAACUAUUAGGAACAGCCAUUUUUACAAAUAUAUAUAGUGCCACGGCCAAAUUUAUGCCUGGAAUGGUGUACCUUGUCGAAGCAGCUAUUUUUUUUUCUACACUUCUCCUCAUGAUUUGGGUGACUUUCAGAUUGAAAACUGUGAUGAAAUACCGUCUGCUGGACGAUUCUUCACCGAAGAAGAACUACAAUAGUCAAGACACACCGGACGUACCAUUUUCAAAUUUAGGUUUACCCCAGUCACACUCUAAAGAUGAUAUCUCGAAAGGGACAAAGACGACCGCUGCAUGGUUGGUGAAUGGAGCAGACAAGCAUACAGGAUUGAAAAGUGCGACAAUCACCAAAGAGCAGAACACUGACUCCAACAAACCGAAGAAAUCUUCUGCCGAGAGCAAUGGUGGAUGUAAAAUACCCGGUCGUCAUCAAGCGCCUCGACACCCGGCGGCGAGCGCCGAACAUGAGAAGAGACGGGAGAAACUGAAGGAACAAACAGUUAUGUUGGAGAUGGACGUCAUGACAAACAAUAACAACAAAAAUAACAACACCAGCGGCAGCAGCAACAACAACAAUAACAGGAGAAGCAAUGGAAGCAACAGCAAUAACAGCAGCAAUAAUUUUAAAAGCAAUAGUAGAAAGAAAACCAACAGUUUCGACGAGGGCAGUGGCACAGUGAAGCCCCUAGAUCUGAAGUCAAUUAGUCGGCCGAGACCUGUGGUGAAAAAACGAGAGGUGGCUGCUGGAGAAGUUUUGCUUCUGGCACCCGGUACUUCUAGGCGGAAGCAGCAGGUGGAAGUAAGCAAAACGGAAGGGGAGGAGCAAAAGCAGCAGCAGCAGCAGCAGCAGCAGCAACAGCAACAGCAAACUCAACAGCACCAGCAGCAUGAUCAGCAACAGUACAAACAACACAAACAACAGCACCAACCUCAGCUAUUGCAGCAGCAAAAGCAGCAGCAUCAACAGCAACAGCAGCAACAGGAACAACAAUGGCCUCAAGAAAAAUCCCCCCCGCAACCGUCACCAACCCCACCACCACCACCACCACCACCAUCCCCGUCACCGCAACGUCAACUAUAA